GCUCUCUCACAUCACAGCAACCUCCUAAACUCUUUUGCUUCUAGCUACCUGAGCUUGCAUUGCUUGGCCGGUUUCAUUGUUUAGGGAACUUGUUUGUUAAAGACAUGGGUGGUUUUCAUUUUUUUCUUGCUAUCCUAGGCCUAGUGCUCUUGCCAACACUAUGCACCUCUCAAGAUACAUUUACACGCUCCAGAGCAACCUAUUAUGGUAGCCCUGAUUGCUAUGGAACCCCAACUGGAGCUUGUGGCUAUGGAGAAUAUGGAAGGACCGUAAAUGAUGGUCAAGUAUCUGCAGUUGCUAGGCUCUACAGAAAUGGCACUGGCUGUGGUGGAUGUUACCAGGUUAGAUGCACAUACCCUUCACAUUGCAGUAAUGAUGGGGUGAAUGCGGUGGUGACUGACUACGGCGAAGGAGACAGAACUGACUUCAUCUUCAGCCCUAGAGCCUAUGCAAAGUUGGCAAACAACCCAGCUUCAACGGAGGUUUUAUUUGAUUAUGGUGUGGUUGAUAUAGAAUUCAGAAGAAUCCCUUGCCGGUAUUCUACACCCAACCUGGUUUUCAAGGUCCAUGAACAUAGCAAAUUUCCUGAAUACUUGGCUAUAGUCGUUCAAUAUGUAGCUGGCCGGAAUGAUAUCACAGCUGUUGAGUUCUGGCAGGAGGAUUGCAAACAAUGGAUCAGCAUGCGUAGAGCAUAUGGAGCAGUAUGGGACACUCCAACCCCACCUAGGCGUUCCAUUGACAUGAGGUUCCAAGUGAGUGGCAGCUCAGGGAUCAAAUGGGUGCAGGCAUCCAACGCCAUCCCUGCUGAUUGGAAGGCCGGGGCUGCCUAUACAUCAGCCAUUCAGCUCAAUUAGUCUACCUACUUCACUACCUGCAGCUAUAUAUAUACACUCCAUCUUUAUAUUAUUGAGAUGAGCCUUUAUCCAAUUAAUUAGGAUAGAUAUUAAGUUUCCCUGUGAUCACAUUUCAUGUUAGUUGCUUGCUUGUUAUAUUAUUGUAAUGUAUGCCGGGUAUUAGGCGCAAGUGCACUUGCCGCCCAAGUAGUGGGAUUCUGUACUUCUUUUUUUUUUUUUAGAAUAAUGGGAUUCUGUACUUUGGAUUCUGUAAUAUGAAUAAAGUUCCUUGCUUUUGGAC